AUGGACAUUGCUGGUAAGUAUCUAGAUUCGGUUGAUAAGUGGGAGUCAUUCUAUGAAAUAUAUGAAAAGUGGAUGGGGUUUGGCAAAAGGUCAGAUGACGUGAAGAGAAGAAAUAGGGUAGUAUCAAUGAGAAGGUGGGUUUGUACAAGAGAAGGUUAUAGACGGAGUGAAUAUGUGAAUAUGCCCAAUCGCAAAAAACGAUCAAGACCAAUCACAAGAUCUGGAUGUCAGGUAGCUCUCAGAGUGGUUCACAUGAAAGAUAAUGACUUAUGGUUGGCAAAAGAAUUCAGCCACGAACAUAAUCAUGAAAUGGUAUCGGUCCCUGAGUUGCAAUUCCUCAAGAAUAAUCGUGUGGUGUCCGAUGGUUUGCUUGCACAAGAUCGUUCGGUGAACUCAGUCGGGAUAAAAACUUCUCAGAUUGUGUCCCAUAUUGCUAUGCAGUCAGGAGGUUAUGAGAGAAUGAAAACGCGGGAGGUGAAAGUGGCAUGCCUUAUUCAACGCAGGAGUAUUUUGGGAAUGAUUAUGAUGAUCAUGUGUAAUGCGCAACCUAUUGGACGCAAUGUUAUUCUGUACUGUACUGGAUAUUAUUUAUAA